CGGGGGAAGAUUUUCUCGCUGCUGCUGUGUCACCAAUCCGGGGGUUCCCCUCAGUGAAGAACUGACUUUUCCUUUCUAAGCCACAUUUGCAGGAAUAUCCCGCUCACUGCGCGGGUGGCUCAUUGCUAGCACAGUCCUCCCGUCAUUGAGUGUGCUGGGAGCUAUUGGUGAGCCAGUACAAAGCAGUGGGCUGGGAGCUGGCUGGGCUAAUGCAUACAUGCAGGCAGGAGGUGGGGAGGAGAAGCUGGUCUGCAGGAUCUGUCAUGACGAUCGCUUGCUAGAGGGAGGAGGAGGAGAGAAGGAAACACAGUACAGACAGGUCUGUGUGGGGAGCAGAAGGCAGGCACUGCUAUUGUGCACGUCUGUGUGUGUGUCCCUGCCAUGUGCCUGAGCACAGCAACUCUUCUGGCUGAUAUGAUGUGUACCUUCCCUAAUGGUAUGUGUGCCUUCUAUAACAUGUCAUUGGAUUGUAUCAUAGCUGUGUAAACUGUCCAUGUCCGGACUUGCAACAAGGGAGCUCCCAGAUAUAGGACUGCAGUUGUGCUGGUAGGCUACAAGGAGACUCCAUUCUGUCCCACUGCAAGAGCUGUUAUACUGUCUGUACUUACUUCUUACUGCUAGCAUCUUGUUUUCAAGCUCCCAGACCUGUCCUGUGUUAUCUUCUGGAGCAGUCAUGGAGAGGAGAAGUUCAGCAGACCAAUGUCACCCUCUGUUGGAGGAGCAACCACUCCCUGACAGGCCUGUAGUGGAAAAAAGGUUCAACUUGUGGUAUGUUGGCUGGUCAUCCCUAGACCGUAGGACAACUCUACCAAUGCUGCCAUGGCUAGUGGCAGAGAUCCGUAGACGGGCAGAAAAGCAGGAGCCCCCUGGUUGUGUGGCACCUUGUCGAGAAGUUCAACUCCUAUUAGUUGCCCCGCAUCUUCGUUGUGUGCCUGCUUUGAAUGGCGCCAGUGGCAACACAGCGGUCUUCAUAUUUGAACACAAGACACAGCACAUUGCCCGCUUCAUCCAUAACAGCCAGGAUCCCUCUUACUUUGCCUACUUGAUUAAGACUCAACCUGACAACCCGGAGUCUGAGAUGGCCUGUCAUGUCUUCAAGGCUUCCAACCCCAUUCAGGUAGAACAAAAGGGUGUGAGACAACACAGGGUCAAUGCAGCACAACUCUGUGACAUGCUGUAUGAUGCAGAUCCAGCCAGGAUUGGGUUAACAAAGGUCUCCACUGUCAUCAGUAGCAUUCGGCAAGUGUCCAAAGUUGCCCUGAAGGAAGAUUCAAAACCCAGCAGAGAUGGCGAAGAUGCCUUUUAUAACUCCCAGAAGUAUGAGGUUUUAUACUGUGGGAAGGUGGUAAUUGCUCAUAAAAAUGCUCCAUCUACCCUUGUUGAUGACUGCAUUGAGAAAUUCUCUCAACAUGAACGCCAGCGGCUGAAACUGCUGAAUGAACAGAGCAGUAUAGACUCGAUUUCAGACCUCACAGAGGCUGAGACGGAUUUCCCAGUGUCUCCAUCUGAUAGUACAUUUCAAGAACAGGACACUGAGACUAAUGCCAAUUCUGCCUCCAGAAGCAAUCCAUGUAUAUUUAAAAUAGGUAGCCAGAGCAAUAUUUCUAGUAUGCGGGUAACCUUUCCUGAGCGGAUUCUAGAAGACUCAGGCUUUGAGGACCAGCAGGAGUUUAGAUCUAGAUGUAGCAGUGUCACUAUUCAGAAGAAAGUUUAUGAUGGAAAGUCACAGUCAAGACGGAGACAUGCAAGUGCACCAAGUCAUGUACAACCAUCGGACUCUGAGAAGAAUAGAACCAUGCUCUUUCAGGUUGGAAGAUUUGAAAUUAACCUAAUAAGUCCUGAUACAAAAACUGUGGUGUUGGAAAAAAAUUUCAAAGACAUAUCUUCAUGUUCCCAGGGUAUUAAGCAUAUUGAUCACUUUGGUUUCGUUUGCCGUGAAUGUGGGGAGUCGGGUGUGAGUCAGUAUAUUUGCUAUGUCUUCCAGUGUGCCACAGAAGCAUUGGUGGAUGAGGUCAUGCUGACCUUGAAGCAGGCAUUCAGCACUGCUGCUGCACUACAGAACGCCAAGACACAGGUCAAGCUUUGUGAGGCCUGUCCUAUGCACGCACUACACAAACUGUGCGAGAGGAUAGAAGGGCUGUAUCCGCCUAGAGCGAAGCUGGUAAUACAGAGACAACUGUCUUUACUCUCGGAUAAUGAUCAAGCUGACAUAUUUGAAAGAGUGCAGAAAAUGAAAGCCACCAGCGAGCAAGAAGAGAAUGAACUUGCCAUCCUUCAUCUGAGACAACUCUGUGAGACCAAGCAGAAAACCCAUGUACACAUCGGAGAAAUGCAGCCGAGUUCAUCAAGCAGCUCAAUCCCAGAGAACACUGCUCCCAGUGGGCGAUUCAAGCUGGAUGUUCUGAAGAACAAGGCUAAGAAAUCAUUGACAAACUCUCUGGAAAAUAUCUUCUCAAGGGGAGCGAAUCGCAUGAGAGGCAGGCUGGGCAGUAUGGACAGCUUUGAGCGCUGCAACAGCUUUGCGUCUGACAAGGACGGCUCACCAGGAGAUUCCCCACCUGCCACACCACCGUCUUCUCCGGUUUCUUCUUCCUGUCAGGCGUUUCCAGAGGAGGAUCCAGACUCUCCCCAGUUUCGCAGACGGGCACAUACUUUCAGCCACCCUCCAUCCAGUGCCAAGAGAAGGAUAACCCUUCCUGACACAAAGUCACCAAACAGCAGGUCCCCCCUUCAAAGGCAGCACUCACUAGCCUGUGAUGGAACUCAAAGCAGCCCUGUUCCCAUUGUCCGGCGUAUUCGCACUGAGAGUGAGCCUUCGUCCUCCAGUCUCCCCUCAUCCUUCUCUGCCCCUUCUUUUCUGAAAAACUUAUACCAGGCCUCAGGGAGACGUCCCACCCUGCCUGAGAAUGAUACUCGCAAGAGCAGUGAAUUUGAAGGUAGGAGGAAGACGUUCCCUUCUUGCAGUAAUGAUUCCUUAAAUGUUACUGGAACAUCUCACACACCUCGACGAAUAUCGUGGCGUCAGCAGAUUUUCCUCAGGGUAGCUUCACCAAUGGUCAAAUCUUCCUCAGAUAUGCAACACAGAGAUCAUUUAGAUGUAAAUGAUUUGCUGCCAUUAUCCCCUCUCCCUCCUACUAUGGAAGAGGACCCUCUAGUAACUCCUCUUCAGGACGACAACGAUACAGACAGUUUUGAUGGGAAACGAAAUUCUGAAGACCUUCAGAGGUUAUGGAGGAAAGCAAUACAUCAACAGAUCUUAUUGCUGAGAAUGGAAAAGGAGAACCUGAAACUUGAAGCAAGCAGAGAUGAGCUACAGUCUAGGAAAAUUAAAUUAGAUUAUGAUGAAGUUGGAACAUGCCAUAAAGAAGUUUUCAGUCUUUGGGAUAAGAAGUUAAACUGCAGAACAAAAAUCCGUUUUGAUAUGGAGGAGAUGUAUGCCACCCUAAAGGAAGGUGUCCCAAAAUGCAAACGAGGGGAGAUAUGGCAGUUUCUGUCUGUACAGUAUCGCCUAAGACACAGACUUCCAAGCAAACAGCAGCCAUCAGAUAUAACAUAUAGUGACCUUCUGAAGCAACUCACAGCCCAGCAGCAUGCAAUACUUGUUGAUCUUGGAAGAACCUUCCCAACCCACCCUUAUUUCUCUGCACAGCUGGGAGCGGGGCAGCUGUCCCUGUAUAAUCUUCUCAAAGCAUAUUCCUUGCUAGACCAAGAAGUUGGCUAUUGUCAGGGAAUCAGUUUUGUGGCAGGGGUACUUCUCCUUCAUAUGAGUGAACAACAAUCCUUUGAAAUGCUAAAGUUUCUGAUGUACGACCUCUCGUUCCGUAAGCAGUAUCGGCCAGAUAUGAUGUCCCUUCAGAUUCAAAUGUAUCAACUGUCCCGACUUCUUCACGAUUAUCACAGAGAUCUUUACAACCACUUGGAAGCGAAUGAGAUCAGCCCCAGUCUGUAUGCUGCUCCUUGGUUCCUAACAUUGUUUGCUUCUCAGUUUCCGCUCGGAUUCGUUGCCAGAGUUUUUGAUAUUAUUUUUGUACAAGGAACAGAAGCCAUUUUCAAGGUGGCCCUUUGUCUUCUAAGUAACAACAAGGAAUGUAUAAUGGCAUGUGACAGCUUUGAGAACAUAGUGGAUCUUCUAAAAGUCAAUAUACCUGAUAUGACAAAGGACACUAUGGAGAACAUCAUAACACAGGUAUUUGAAAUGGACAUUUCCAAACAGCUCCAUGCUUAUGAAGUUGAGUAUCAUGUAAUUAAUGAUGAGAUGUUGGUAGCGUCUAUUCCAUGUGAUGACACAGAAGCUUUCCAAAAGCUUGACAAGGCCAACAACCAGCUAAAGAGGCAGAACAUGGACCUCUUGGAAAAGCUGCAGGUAGCUCACACUAGGAUUCAGAGUCUUGAGGCCAACACUGAAAUAACUGUAUCUAGAGAAAAUAAAAUGAGAAAUGUUAUCCGAUCUCUGGAACAAGAAAACUCAGCUUAUCAAAAAGUUGUGGAGCAAAUGAAGAAAUACGUUCCAGCGAAUGUACUGACAGACUGUGAACUUUCGCUUAAAGAUUUUAGCUGUAGCCCAAACAACAAAACAAAGACAGGAAAUAAGCAAUAAAUCGCAAAGCUAGUGCCUGUUCUGGCAUGCAGCAAAAGUUUCCUACAAACCAAAUAUGAGUAGAACAAUUCAUGCAUGCUCUGAUGGAAGAUCAUGGUUGCAAAUGCAUGCUUAUGGGAUCUGCAAGUACAGUAUGUAGAAGCUUUUACCGUGUACAGAUCCGCUGUGACUGGAAGAGUACGGCUAUGGUUCUAGAAUAAGGAACAGCUAUACUGACGAUAUUGCUUCUAUGAUUUCAAUAUGCAAAAACUAAUUAUAUGUAGACUUAAAAAGGGAAAAAUAUUUGUUCUCAUGACAAUGUGUCCAUUUAUAAAUUGUCACAGGAAACCACCCAUCAGAGACGUGCCAUUUUAUAUAUCGCUCGUUCUUGUCGUUGUAGAGAAAAUAUAAAUAGGGGAUAGUACUCUUAUAAUAAUACUUGAAGAUGAAUGUUGUCUCCCAAAGAACAGCAUGUGUCACACUUCUGGUGUGAGGAGUCUGUAUGAGCAUCUCUUUGUUAUUUUUUUCAUCUGUGCCUGUCAUUGAUUCUACUGACAUUUGUUACAUGUGUGUAGUUUUUAUUAAGCAGUUGACUACGUGAUCUGUAAUGACGGGACAAUGUACCAGUUGUAUUCUGAGUGCACACACAGUUGGCCCAGCUGUGGCAGGAUUAUACAAGUGAUAAUACCUGUAUCCAGUUCUGUUUAUACUCCAUUUGAGAUCAGCCUGGAACACAACAAAGUGCGACAUUGAAUAUAUACGUCACUUAUAUCUGUGGGAAUGAUAAAUGUUUUCCUGCCUAAAAUGAAUGAAUAAUUAUUUUUAGGCACCUUAUACUAGGCUGCUAGCGCCUAUAAUAUUCAGUCAGGUAAGCGAUUCCUGUGUGUCCCUACGUCUGCACUGUGCAGGGAUAAGUGUUUAUCAUGAAUCUACGUGAUGUCCACCUAAUUGAUUGCUUGGGUUUUGGGAGUGCUAACAUGCAUCCCUCCACCUCUGUUAACCCACCACGUUACCUUUGUUUUAUAUACAGAGAUAUAUUGAGAUCUGUAACACAUCUCCAUAUGAAAUUCACUUCAUACAUCAAAGUUAGUUUCAUUUUUUUUUCUUACAAUAAGUAGACUCUUCGGUGCAAAGUCUUGCAUGAAGUGUAACUACAGAAUGGACCAAAUACUGUCUGAUUCACCAAACUGCAAUGGCGGCAUACACCACUGUUAUGGGACAUGAUAGAAAAUGGGAAGCUUCUUAUUCUUAAAAGCUGAAGAUGAUCUAGGGAAAUAUGCUCAUAAUUUGAAAUGAAUAAAUUCUUGUAAAUAUCAGUUUAAUGUGUUUAAAUAUGCUUUGAUUGUGGGAUAAAGGUGUUAAUUACAUUUGCUUUUUAAUUACAUUUUGUUGGUAACGUUUUAAAUAUAGUUAUCACUUUUCAGAUUACACAAGACCUGCUUAGAGAUGACUUCUUGUUGAACGGAGGGGAAUAUAUAAAGCAUGGAUUACCCCUCCGUGUGCAUGUAUCUGUAGGACAGGAAAGCAGUUGUAUCUGGGUAGUUUCCCAUGUUCUAUUGUCACACAGGGCUGAAUAUAAGAGUCAUUCCUCUACAACAUGCUCAUUGUUUUUUGUACUUUACUUUAAAAAUACUUUUUUUUUUUUUUUUACGUUUGUGAGUUUAUGGAGUUAUACACAAUUUGAAAAAUCCUCAAAAACCUGAACGAUAGACAUGCACAUGAAGCGAGGUCUGGCUUGGAUGAUGUGACCCACUGCCUCAUUUGGGUGCAGCCACCAGAAUUUACUGCUUUAUUGCACAAUAUGUGUUGAAUUUUGUUUUCCCCUUGAUCUAGUCACCAUUCAGUACAGUGUAAACAUUCACCAAAUAAAAUACAGAUUUUACUGUAAUAAUUUAGCAGACCCUUCUGUAAUGAUUAAAUGGCUAACGAGACCUCACCCAUUAGGACUAAUUCAGAGUUGUAUGCUAUCCCGUUUUGCGGACCCUGUUACCACCACUUAUGGCUGCGCGGUAGUAACUGGGUGAUCACAGGUAGAAUCUGUGUCCUGAGGGCGUUAAAGCAGAAUUGCAGGCUAAUCAGUGAUGCGCAUAUGCAGAGAACCAUCUGAUUUCAGACAUAUCUAUUGCACAGGUAUAGGACUGGUGCAGAUUGCACUGAUUGUGAUGACGGUUACUUUCACAACCUGAAGGAUAGGGGCAUUACAGACGCAUAUAUGCGACUAACUCUGAAUAUAGGCAGAGAUCCAUACUUCUGAGCACCCAUCCACAUCUGUGGCUAGAUGUGUACAACUGGAAAUCAGUCACAUUGACACCAAAGUAACCCUUACUGGCUCCCUAACUUAGAAUGCAAAUUUAGAAAAGCCCUGUAACAGCACAAAUGUACUUUAAUAUGUGUAUAAAAGCAUCACAUCUAUAAUUACAACAGACUAUUUGCACUGUUUGGCACAAUUACUAUUUUUUUAUUUAUGUAUUUUUUUAUUAUGCUUUUAAGAGUUCACUAGUCACUGAAAACUCUACAGAAGGCCUGCCUUACCAUACAAAUAAAACUGCAGAGGUCUCUCUCAUAAAAACACUGCCAUUCAUAUACUGCGCAAUGCAAGCUCACUGUUUAGUCUUACUACAGAUGCAUGGUCAGCUGUGUCCAAAUACUUUGCAUUCAGUUUCAACAUUCUCCUGGUGCUGCAGGACCUGUACUGAAAUAAGGGGCCUGUGGUAAAAUGUUACCCGAGUACAGUUCUACUGUAAAGCUCCUAUGCAUCUAAUAUUUUGAAUGCCGUGUUUUUGAUAUUGGUCUGUAUCAGUAAUUACUACAGUGUAGCCUGGAGGAGUUGGUGAGGUGUCACAUCAUUGUCUCUUCAUGAUAUUGGUUAGAAGUGUUCUUUGUACAUUAAAACCUUCAUCAUAUUGUUAGCCGUAUAUGCAACAAAUCAUCCAGAAGACACAGAAAACCUCAAUUGAUUGUUAUUAUUUCUUAUUGUAAGAACAGUUGUGCAUCAUGGGUAAUUCACCGUGCGCGGCGCAUUGUACCGAGGUAUGCAUAAAAUAAUGCUUUACAACCGAUCGCUGCAGCUUAUAGAAAUUUCUCAUGGUAGACACAUUUACUACGCUAUACAAAGCCAUGAAACAUUUUAUUUGGGUCAUUGAUUUUCUUUUAUUCUCUGACAGUGUUAAAGAUGUGAUCUCAAUGUGAAAAUCUGUGCCAAAUUUGGAUAUUUGUUAUCCCGUAUCUGGAAUGAUAUUGCUAUUUUUUUUUGCUUCCUAUGCAAUGAUUCACUGAAACCACCAGUCCUUCUUCUCCACUUAUAAAAAUAAUAAAAGGUCUUUUAAAACUGA